AUGCGUAUGUUUGCAAACCCGGCAUUUCCCUGGCUUGUAAUUCCACUGGAGGUCUCCUCGCUUUGGUGUUGUUGGCGAAAUGUUGUAUUAGCUUUUAAAAGAUAUGUUAAGGUUCUGGCUUUCCCAGCCAGCAUUUCCCUGGCCUGUAAUUCCACUGGAGGUCUCCUCGCUUUGAUGAUGGCGGAUCACGUUGAUGUACUAAAAGAAGUUAUUUCACUAGGUUUUACAGCCAGUAAAUUUUUUAAGAAGAUUGGAUAUCAAUUUUCUCAGAAGGAUACAGCAGAAGGUGAUUUGCGGGAGGCAUUUAAAAAACUUGCUUCAAUGAAAGAUGAACACUCACGGAAGGCAGAAAGCUUUUUAAAUACGAUUGAUGAACAUAUGAGCUCUUCUAGUGUCGUACAGUAUUGGAACAGUGUUCAGAUACAAAACGAACGAGACAAAACCUACACUAGUCAAUUAGUUUUGGAAGAACAAAAGAAACAACACAUAGUUCUUAUCGAUUCUAAUGUUAUAACCGAGCAUAACAACUCAAGUAAUAAAUUAACGUUGGAAUCAUCUGAAUUGUCAAAAUUAAAGGACGAGUCAGUCGUAGUUAGUGAGUCAAUUCAAAGUAGUUAUGAUUUUAGAAAGAGACCAAACAUAGAUUAUAAUGAGGAGCGAAUGUUAAAAAGGAUUAAUAAUCAAGAUGGACAUACUACACCAUCUCCACGCAGUCCAAAAUUAGGAAAUUUGCCAAAAGAAUCUCUAAUAGAUAAUCCGUUUCUUGAAGAGGAAGAUGAUAUUAUAGCAAUCAAUGAUGUUCCAGAUGAAUUAUAUUUUGUGGACGGAAAUCUAGCAGACGAUUUUAAGAUAGGAGAGGACAAUGUGUCUCAGUUAUUUCGACAGUAUCAAAAUGAGUCGAUAAGGAUUGCAAAGACUGAAUGUUUGUUGGUUGAAUCGAACGUACACGAAAUACUGUCACUUUCGUCGAUUUUUUUACUCACUCCAAAUUCACAUUCAAAAAUAAUGAUCAAUAUAUUUGGUUCUCCUUUACUCGAUGAAAUCCAUCAACAAUUCAUUCCAACACAACAAACAGAAUUAGACUCAGGAUGUGAAUCGAAGUUUAGAGAAGCAAUUAAGCGAGCGACAAAAGAAUCAUGUGGCAGUGCAACAAAAUGGUUGUUGACGGAACUUGCAAACAAUCAAACUUUAGAUGAGAACUUGGGUUUCGUGAAUGUACCAUAUCAUGAAAUGAUCCGAACAAGCAUAUUGUUGAAUGGCCCAACACGAGUCUUGACGAAAGCAAAGCAAGGAAAUGGGAAGGAAGAAGCAAACAACCGGACUUUACAGUAUCUGUUAUCCAUCAGCUACAGACAAGUGGCGUCAUAUUCGUGGGACUGUCUGGAUUCAGCUAUAGACAAGGGUGCCGACUUGAAGUUGCUAGGUUUUCACUGCAUUACAAAAUCGACUUCUAUAUGA